AUGAAUCCCACAAAUCUUAACCAUCGCCACAGUCCCUCCUUAUCCGAACAAAUUCCAAAUGUUCAGUAUCAAACCUCUAAAUCUCCUCCACUCGCCAUGGCGGUCCUUUAUUCUCCUCCUCCUCCUCCUUCUUCUUCUUCUUCUUCUUCUUCUUCUUCUCAAAGUCCUUUUGAAAAACUUAAUACAUUAAAACUUCUUUUAGAUUGUGGUCAUUUAACGACCGAUGAAUAUCAAGAACGAAAAACUCAAAUUAUCAAUGAAAUGACAGGCACAUCAACUGAAAAAAGUAAAAAAAAAACAUUAAAAAAUCUACCACAUGCAAGACGAUCUGUACUUGGAACUCCAACGUCUUCGUCUCCUCCUUUAUUACAACCUUUACUUAAAACGGUUGUACCCCAUGGUCCUCCGGAUUUUUCAAGAAUUCGAAAAGAACGAGCAGAUAAAUUAAGUUUUAAUGUCGAUACCUUGGAAUGGCAUUCCACGCCAGUUACGAUUAAAUUGGAUCUUGUACCAUUUGCCACGGGACAGCUACGAAAUGCUUAUUAUUUACAGGAACUUGAUGCCGAGGAGAAUGUAUCGAGUUUAUUAGUGGCAAAAUUAAGUCUUCGUCCGGCAGAACCAAGCACAUAUUUGAGUGAUGUGGAAAUGCAAGCUGUAUGUGCCCAUUAUGCAGCACUUUACAAUGAACAUGAACCACCAUUAAAAGUGUGUUAUGCACGAUCAUGGCUUUUGAAAUUACGAGAUCGAGAACGAGGAGCUUUAGUUUGUUCGGUGGAGGAAUUUUUACCUGGAGCAUAUGUGAAAUAUAGCAACAAUAGUGGCUAUGUCGGUCGAGAAACCAGUACGACCGAAGAACGGGAACGCAACACGCCACAGGCAUUUUCACACUUUUCGUUCGUGGCUUCAGAUUUUCGGUUGAUGAUUGUUGACAUCCAAGGAGUCGCGGAUAGCUACACAGAUCCGCAAAUUCAUUCAGCAGAUGGUCGUGGAUUUGGUGUUGGAAACCUUGGGACUUUUGGCAUGGAGAAAUUUCUUGAAAGUCAUCGAUGUAACGAAGUCUGUCGAUGGCUGGGACUUCGUAGUAUUAAUGAACAAUACAAGCCGGGUGGAACUGCUGCUCCAGGUUAUGAGAUGCCUUUUGGAGGAGCUAUUAAAAAAUCCACAAAUCGAAUAACAGAAGAACGCAAUACGUUCUCUACAUCAGUCACAGUCAGUGAAGCUUUUGGAGAUACGGCUACUGGAGAGUGGACGGAGCGUGAAGAUUCGAGGGUAGAGAGCGGAGAUGAAGAGGAUGAGGACGAGGAAGAGGAUGACGACGACGAUGACGAGGACACUGUCGAGCAUUCGGAUUCAGCCUCUUAUGCUAUAGACUUGUCGCCUGCGAUAUCGGGGCUGCAGCCGCGGCAUUCGAAAUCGAAGCGGCCAAAACAGAGAUUUUUUUCGUCUCCUGCUGCCUUACGUGGUCGGGGUAGUGGGAGAUCAGGUAGCAGGUUAACUGAAGUUGAACGUGGUCGCCGAUUCCGCCAUCCACAGCUUAGCAAACAUUCCAGUUUCGUUACAGGGAGUCCUGGUGCUGGAGGAGAUAGCCUCUGGGCUUGCGUUUUUCGGAUAUUACUGUGUGGGUGUACGUGA